AUGUCGCAAACUAAAAUUACGGCUUCACAGCCGGCGCAAGCUACGAUGCCUGCCCAGAGCUCCUCGAAGUCUCCCACGACGUCGCGGCCGCGAGGCCCUCCGUUGCACAAGAUUUACGAGUUGCCUGCUCCCAUACGGACAUUUCCGCUUCCUAGCUUUUAUCCGAAUAAUCCAAUUUCUCUAUUCCAUGUCCUUUUCGCAUGGACGAAACAAGCCUUGUUCCCACCGCCUGCUGAACCGUCCACUGUGCACGAGGGUCUCUGGUCCCCAGAAUCCAAAUCUGUCAACAUCAUCGACGAAAAGUCCAUGCGCGCGCUGUGGGAACAAGGGUUCUACGGCAAGGGCAACUUAAGUCGAAGUGAGCCCAACUGGUUGAAGCGCGAGCAUGUCAGGCGAGGCCUGGUGCCAGGUCAGGUCAGCGAGCUGGUAACAGCCAACAGACGUGAAGAGCGAAGGCAGAUGAAGUGGGAGAGAGCCAAGACAGAGCAAGAAGCCAUCAGACAAUUACGACUCCAGGAAGCCCAGUUGGCGACUCAGGUGUCAGGAGAUGGCGUAGUCAACUCUGCCGCCCUGGUCACAGGGGCUGACGCCAUCCUUGAUGCCACGAACAAUGAUGAUCCUGAGCGAGAAGCCUCGAUAGACGCGGAUACACUGCCUGAGCCACUUGUUCCCCUUAAAUCAGCGCUUGCCGCCCAAUCCAAUCACCUGCAAGCCACCGGUGUCGAUACGAUAACAGUGGCGCCCGUCACUGAGCCCGAGGCUAUCGGCCAAAUUUUUACCAAACCCUCGACCUUCCAAGGGGCAUCUACAGCUAUCGAGCCAGCCAAGAUUGUCAAGCCUAGUGACUUCCUUCAUUCGGCCCAAGAUCUUGAGGCUGUCGACGAAUCCGAAAAGGCCCUGCCGGUGGAUCAAGUGCCUUUGACGCCUCUUCCUGUCGCAUGGAAUGCUCCCGUUGGCCCAUUACAACUGCUGUGCCUUCCCAACUCGCAUAGUCUGUCUGCGACAGCAAACUCAACUGAGAUUGAGACGUUGAAUGGUGGUGCUCGGCAAGUCAACGGCAUCUCAACUAUAUCAGCAAAUGCCUCGCCGGUUGGGCCCCUGGAGCUUUUAUCUCUCCCCAACGCCGAGCCUAUUACCAACGGAACGAUGAAUGGCGACCACGCCACGAUGACGAACAUUGAUGAGAGCCCCGUUACCGACACUACUCCCUCCGAAACACCAAAGCUGUCGACAAUCCAUGAAGACGUGGGCGUGAACGGCCAUCUGAUCAACGACUUGAUAACGAAUAACAAUGGUGACAAGAUGCUUCAUCAAAAUGGUUUGAACGGGGUGGCAAAAUCCGCUGUCAGCUCUACCGAGAUCCCAUCAACACCCAAGUCGGCCAAACGUCGCAAGAGCGUUCGCUUCUCGCCCAAGGUUGAGUCGGCCACAUAUCAGCUGUCCGACCCGCCUAGCCCCAGACUCGCUCUUUUCAACGGAAACAAUGGAAAGGCGACACCGCCUAUCCAUGGCACGCCAUUGGGCCCUAGCGUCUUGGAGACAGAUUCGGAAGAGGCGACUAGAUCUGAUGAUGUCAAGAAACUUGAGAAGCUAGACGAUGUCCCUGCGGAGCCAGUCGAGGUCGUGAACAAGGAACACCUCCAGCUCACAUCCGAGGAAGCAUUCUUCCUGGCUUUCGGCAUGGGUGCUCUACGAGUUAUCGACCCUACCACCAAGACUCCGAUCCCAACUCCUGAGCUGUUCAAUCUCUUUAGACAAUACUCCUACUUCCCUCGUCGCCCUACAGAGGAGCUCCAGCCGGAUGAUGGAUUUCUUGUAAAUUACGCCGUGUACCAUCACUUUCGCUCCUUGGGAUGGGUUCCCAGAGCAGGUAUCAAGUUUGGCGUCGACUGGAUGCUGUACGCCAAAGGACCCGUGUUUGAUCACGCAGAGUUCGGCGCCAUCCUCCUGCCAUCCUAUUCCCACCAAUGGUGGAAGGACAGUGACCGCAAGAUCCCGCGUAAGACCUGGCACUGGCUUCACGGGAUCGUCCGUGUCCUCUCCCACGUCCAGAAGAGCUUGGUUUUGGUCUACGUCGACAUUCCACCGCCUCCUCAAUUGGAAGAGGCGAUGCAGAAGGGGCCGGCCGAGGUCUUUAAGUUGUACAAGAUUCGCGAAGUUAUGGUUAAGCGGUGGUCAAGCAACCGCAACAGAUGA